AUGAAACCCGUAACCAGCUCGUCGGGCGUGGGGCUUGGAGGUCCAACCCCGUUGGCUCUGAGGUCACCAUCUGAAGUUUCAACUAAUAUCACGACCGUUAAUGCAUCAAAAUUGCAGCAAUCCCGCGCUGACGACUCGUCCUCGCCAGCGUCCACCAGCUCCAAACAUUCAGGCUCCUUGUCCAGGCCCAGACGAAAAGCUUAUGUGACCGUUCACGCCGACAAAACCUUCUCCCUCGUCCAACAUGCCCCGGAUUCAGAUGUUUCUGGUAGCCUCACUCGCAGCGUCAGAUCGCCUCCCCUGUCCUCCACUUCGAGAACCCCAAGCGCUCAGGAACGCCCCUCGACCGAUCUAUGGAGCGAUGGUCAAAGUACCCCCUUGACAGGCGCAAGUACCACCAUCCUCGACCAGAGCUUUUGCGACCUGCCGUCGACGGGUGCUUCUUCUCCUGCGCCCUUAGCUGAGGAUCCUAUUACUUCAUCGCCGUGGAACUAUCGCAUGGUCGGCGGGCUCCGCAAAGUACCCAAGACACCUGACCUCAAGCAAAAACAGCCGUUGUACAACACAACAGCGCCGUCAGCCGAGACGCUUCUAGCUCCGCUUCCUGAAGCUACCGGCCCUCAGGACGAAGAAGAAACACCCACACGAGCAGUGGUCGCCAAAGCGUCGUUUACGUCCACCUCGUCUGAACAAACGAUCGAUACGGUGUCUGAGUCAACCAAUUACAAGGUUUACGGGCCAUCUCCCGUUGCACAAGAAUCCAGCGACAGCCUCGUCUUCAGCUCCGGAAGCCCUUCCAAUUGGGAAGUAUUGGGCCGGUCCUCUCCAGCUCCCUUGCCAAGCAGCCCGUCGACGAUCCCGCGUGGGAGCAACGAGAACUACAUCCUACACGGCGCUCCGUCACUGUCCCCAUCAUCCUCUCUGGUUACCGUUUCCCGGAACCCACGACCCGCUUACUCUCAAGAGAGUUUAGUUGUCGCACCUCUCAGGCCGGCCAAGAAGAGGUCAUACGAAAGGUUUGGAUAUUACAAGCAACGCUCCCGCGAGACACUCCGGUCCCGCACCGGCUCCGUCCAAUCCCUGAGGAGUAUCUCGUCCAUAAUAACCGGUCAGGAUCCUUCACAGGCUCUUCUGUCGGCGGCCCCGGCAUUGAUUACUCUCAGCUCAUCAUCGACUCGGGCCGCCAAAGGAGGCGACGCGGGAAGUAGUUCCCAGUAUUUUCCAUGGUUGAAUCCGCAAGCGCCAGAGUCCCGCGCCCCCGGCCCUCGCAAAGCCAUCACACAGCGGCCGGCGGCCCAGAUGAUUCAGGCUGCUCCUCACCAAUGGAGCUCCCAGCUGUCAACCGUCAUGUCCGAGAGCGAGGGCGGCAGCGAGGGAGACCCUGCGCGCUCAGUAUCGCCUCUGUCGGACUCGAGCGGGCAUCGCCGUCGCAGCAGCCUCGGCUGGGUGAGCUCCAUGCACAGCCGUCAGAUGCAAAGCAUCUCCUCUUCGAUCGCUGGACAACUUGAAGAGGCUACGACUGCUAGUGACUCAUUGGACAGACCACAGCAGAGCUAUUCCAGAGCUGGCCCCUCGCAGAUGCGGAUGGUGCGCGACCAAGACGAACAUGGCGAUGGGCUAGCGGAUCUGGAACACAGGCCGUCAAGGACAGGGCUUUCGGCGCUUUUUUUCGGCGGCAAUGCCUCGAGCCGCAAUCUCCAUUCGAGCGGCAGCUCUCGGGCCAACAGUUUUACCUCCUCAAUCCCGGCAUGGGCCAAAGUGUACUACGGCUCUGGAGAGCGGCGAUGGCUGGGACGCUCUCCGUCCUUUUUGAGCGUCUCCGAUGCUGGCGAAAGCCGGCCGCCCAGCUCGGCGAUCCCUGGUAGCGAGUCCCCGAACACGGACCAUUUUCCGCAGGCUAUUUUCAGCCCACGGAAACGGGCGAGGGAAGUUCAACCAGCGGCGAGUCAGCGCCGCGCUGCGAAUCGGGCUUCCCUGGAAAUCACCCCAGCACAGCCCGCUGAAGAUUACCGCGUAUAUCGAUCGGUGAAGCCCAAAACGUCAAGUAUCUGGUCGCCGCAUCUUCAAGUGGACCGCCGGGCAAGCCGGUACUCGGCGUGGGACCCCCCGAGCGUGAGCUGGUCGGCGGACAGCGGCAUUCUCGGCAAGAGGAAUGCACAGGUGGUGCUUUUCAUCGUCGGAUUCAUUUUCCCUUUGGCAUGGAUGAUUGCCGCGCUACUUCCAUUGCCUCCUAACCCGAAGCUCCAAAUGUUCGAAAUAGCAAACGGCCCUGGCCACCCUGCAUUCCGAUAUCACCAACAACUCGUGGAAGAGGCGAGAUUUGAGAGUGCCAGAUGGUGGCGGAAUCUCAAUCGCGUCAUGUCCUUUGUGGGCCUUCUCAUAAUCGGUGCCGUGGUCGCACUUGUAGUUGUCGGUGUACGGCAAGGCUGGGGACGGGCUUGA